CGUCCACCGCCGCGCUCCAGCCUCCGCCCGCACCGAGCCGCGGGACCCGGGCCGCACCGGGGAGGGGCCGCUCCGGGCCGCAGCGCGAGGGCAGCGAGGGACGGCGGGGACCCGGCACCGGGCGGAGCCGGCGGCAGCGACCAUGAUCGCUUUGUUCAACAAGCUGCUGGACUGGUUCAAGGCCCUGUUCUGGAAGGAGGAGAUGGAGCUCACCCUGGUCGGGCUGCAGUACUCCGGCAAGACCACCUUCGUCAACGUGAUCGCGUCAGGACAGUUCAAUGAGGACAUGAUCCCCACCGUGGGCUUCAACAUGCGCAAAAUCACCAAAGGGAACGUGACCAUCAAGCUCUGGGACAUUGGGGGACAGCCCCGUUUCCGCAGCAUGUGGGAGCGCUACUGCCGAGGAGUGAGCGCCAUAGUGUACAUGGUGGACGCUGCCGACCAGGAGAAGAUCGAGGCCUCCAAGAACGAGCUGCACAACCUGCUGGACAAGCCUCAGCUUCAGGGCAUCCCGGUCUUAGUCCUCGGUAACAAGCGAGAUCUCCCGGGAGCCCUGGAUGAAAAGGAGCUGAUUGAGAAAAUGAAUCUGUCUGCCAUCCAGGACCGAGAGAUCUGCUGCUACUCCAUCUCCUGCAAAGAGAAGGACAACAUUGAUUCCCCACCCACCCGUGGCCUCUGGUGCCCGUAGUAGCUGCACUUCGGUGACAGCGGGCUGACUGCCACUCCGUCAGCGGUGUCAAGACCUUACAAACUUCUCUCCUGUCCCGGGCCCAGACAUCACCCUACAGUGGCUUAUUCAGCACUCGAAGUCACGGAGAAGCUGAGACGGCAGCCCUUCUCCCUCGGACCAGGGACCGUGGUCAUCUGCACCCGAAGCCGAGCUCCCCGCCGACCCUUGGCCCCUAAGCGCACCCCUCCUCACUCAGUGUGGGGAGGGCCCUCUGGGGCUCCCGAGUCCCGUUCUGCUGAGGUUUGAACUCCUGUUUUUAUUGUAAAAUAAAUCACCCCCCCCCCGGCCCCCAGCCUCUGCCCUCCUCUGCCCGAGUCCUCGCCCAGCCCCACUUCCCUCCCCUCCAGCAGCCCUGGCUCCCGCCCCUGGCCCUUUCGCUCCCCCCUCUUCCCUUUUCAACACUCUCUGUUAUUGUCCUGUGUGUACAGUAUAUAUAUGUAUAUAUAUUUUAAUUUUUUAAUUUAAGCAAAGACUAAAAUCAACCAUUUGAUGCUGCAGGGGCCAUUCAGGAUCUGGGAGGGGGCUGUCUAGCGAGGAGGGAAGAGAUGCAGGGUCGGCUUGGGGCAAGUUCACAUCUGGAAAGGCAGAGGCUGGCACCUGGGGCAGGUACCGGCCUGAACCCUGCUGGCCGCCUCCCGCCUCCCGCUCUGGCUUGUCUCUGCAGCCACAGGCCGGAGGGAGCCUCUGUAGCCGCCUCCUCUCUGUCCCCAGCCUCGGCAGGGCCACCAGACACAUCCUGGCCCAGAGACUGCCAGGCCUAGGGCAGGAAGCCACUGCCCGUGCCGCCCAGCACCCCUCACCUGUUCCAGCCCCAGCUCUGCCCCGCCCAGGGCCCCACUCCAUGGCCCACCUCAUUUUCUGUUCUCAUUUUGCAGAGUUGCACAAGGAGAGAGCUCAGCAUGGGGGGGUUGGUUCUUUGGAUUUUGUUUUUUGUCCUUUCAUUUGUUUAAUUUAAUGAUUUGUAAAGUGAUGUUCCUCUUCCUUUUUUACACUUUUCAGCUCAUAUUUAACCUCUGUUUGGAAAAUGAUUCUUGUAACUGUACAUUUUUUUGCCUCCUAAUAACAAUAAAUUACCAAUUUUGUGUUGA